UGUACUAAGAUUUCUUAAAGAUUUUAAAACAUCUAAUUAUCAGAUUUACAGAUUUUCCUAGAGAAAAAAAUGGAAAACUUUUAAAAACAGAGAAAGGAAAAUAGUGGGACGCUUGGUUCCCAAGUAAGUUAAAAAGGAAGAGUUUCGAAACAUAACAGUACCCAAUUAGGAGUCUGAGCUCUUUAGCCUGUACUCUCUCUUUAUAAAAUCACAUGAGAUUAAUCUCUAAUAAUUCUCAUCCUCUCCUCUUUCGUUUGCUUUGAGACCCUAAACUAUGUCGAAAAAGAGAGAGAAAAACACAGAGAGUAUGUAUUACGAUGAUCAUCUUGCGGCUGCGGAGAAAGAGAUAAGCUCGAGAAAUUUCUGUACCUUGGUUGAUGCCGCCGUCCUGUUAUAUGAAGAAGAAGCAGAAGCAGACCGUCUAUUAAAAUCGGGGACUCUGUCUGAAAAGGAAGAAGACAUAGAGUAUGUAUUUUUCAAUGCCUUCCCAAGGAAAAGAAGGAGCCCGUCGAAGAAAUUUCUCCGGUCACAAAGCCAUGAAACCCUUAAUGAAGCUUCUACUUCUUCAUCGCUUUUCGACCUUAACAAGACCCCAGAUGAUUCUGAGGCAGAUGCCCCAGCGAACCCUCUUCAAUGUUUUUAUGUAUCUUCUCCUCAAUCGUCUCUCACUGCUCAUCCUCCUUCUUCAACUCUAACAGAGAAGACAAACCGCAAGAGACGUGCCCUGCAAGAAAAGCGUAUUAGUGGUGGUAAAUCCAAGAAAGUUAGGGUUCCUCCUUUUUCAUGGAAAGGUAGAGCUACUCCGGAGUGGCUGGUCAGUUUACUGGAAGCAAUGGCAGCAACGAGAGGACACCUUGUAACCGAAGGCCCGUGGCUCAUCUUUGAGAAGAAGCUGACUAGUACAGAUGUCGACCCAGCACAGAGCCGUCUCUUAUUGCCUUUCAACAGCUUAAUCCGUAACGACUUCUUGACUCCCGUGGAGUUGAGAAUCGUAGCAGAGCAUCAAGAUGAAAAGAACGGAGUUGGGGCGAUGCUAGUGGAUCAACACAAGAAAAAGUGGGGUUUGAUUUUGAUGAGGAGGGAGAUGAUGAAAGGAGCAUGGAAUGGAACCUUGAACUAUGCUUUGAUCUGUGGGUGGAACGAUGUCGUUCAGGGUAAUGGUUUGAAAGAAGAUGACGACGUCAGUGUUUGGUAUUUCAGGUGGCGCGAACGUCUCUGCUUUGCCCUUGUUCUUCCUCCUCCUCCUGACAUGGCACAGAGUAGCUCAUCUCUUGAUCUCUCUGUCUGAAAAGUUUAUCAUGUCUGUUGUUGGUUGAUCUAUUCUCACUGUGUUCUUAUGUCAGGGGAUUGUUGAGGUUUUUCUUCGAUUUGUUCCUAGGAGUCUGAUCUGUUGUUUUAGAUCUUUGCUAUUGUAUGAAGUUAACAAUUUAAUAUGAAUCUGGUAUCUUAUUUUCUUUGCUUUAGUUACUGCAUUGAUUAAUUAAUUAAUUUCUCGAAUAUAUCUCGAAGGAUAAACCUGUAUGGUGGAAUUGAUCUGAUCUCUCUAGUUUCAAAGAAAACCCAUCGAACAAGAAAGUGGCAUAGUUAAACUCACCUAGUCCCGAAUCAUAUGCAUCUUGGGGAGGCAUCUGCAGAAUCUUUGGGACCAUUUAGUGUCUCUUAACUAGGUAUGUUAACAUGGGUAAUUACCCAUGGGUUUAUCCAAACCCACUAAUAAUGGGUUGGGUUUUUACCCAUCUAAAAUUAAUUGGAUCAACCAUGAGUUUUAAUUUUAAAACCCAUAUUUAUGUUGGGUAAAUACAAAAGAGUAAUGGUGUACCCAUGGGUUUUCAAUUAUAUAUAUAGAUUUUUACCAUUUUAAUUAAAUUAUAUAAAAUUUGCAAAAACGUUU